AUGUUUCCCACACGCGCGCUAUGCGCCCGGUCGGUCUGGAAAGGACCCAACAUCGUUCCCCUCCCAAUAGUUCAGAAAAAAGCAGGUGAACGGGUCCCGCCGAUCAAGACACAAGCCCGCUCAGCCACGAUACUGCCGAAUUUUGUCGGUCUCAAGUUUCAAAUACACAAUGGCAAGAGCUACCUGGACAUCACCAUCACCGAGGAUAUGGUAGGACACAAGUUGGGAGAAUUUGCGCCGACACGGAAGCAGUUCACGUACAAGCAGACCAAGAACAAAUGA